AUGGAAGCAUCUCUGCGAGAAAAAAUGUUUAGGGACUUGGAGGCUGUGGAGGCCGCAGCUGAAAAGAUAAUAAGUUCUCAAGAAAGAUGCAAAUUGUACGAGAUAAACAGACGGAAGUCCCAGGAAGCCCUUAAUCGGUUGAAUGACGCUUUCUCGCCUAAGAACGUUUGGGCAUGUCUCUCCCAUCAGUUUUUUGAAGUUCCCAAGUCAUCCCUGAAGACGGCACUCAAAUCUGAUAUGGAUACUUUGUCGAGCGAGAUCAGUUCUCUAAGAGAUGAAAUCAAGCGUGACCUCGACAACUUACGCGAACUUGAGGGGAAGAAUCCGUUGAAGGGGUUUAAUCUGCGUCCCCUUGCUAAAGAUGAACUGUCUGCCAUUACUGGUGCCGUAGAAAAGUUGUCUCCCCCAGGCGGUUCGAUGCAGUGUGUUACUUCCCCGGCAAAGCCCACUGCCUUGGCCCCGGGCGCUACUCGCUCAAACGGAAUGGUGAAUCCAUUCUACGAAAGCACAUACACAUUCCCGAACGACUUUCCGGCAUUUUCUGCUCGUCCUAAUGAAAAGAUUCACGAUUUAACAGAAGAUGCCCAGCUUGCUCAAUCCACUGAUCCGCUUUUCGCUUGGGCCCUAGCCACUGGAGAGUGCUACGUCACAUGCUUUCACCCACGACCCGAUCUUACCUUGGCUCUCAUGACUGAAGCCGAAAUCGUCAAGGUCAUCGAAGAGUGGUGCCGUCUGACCCGUGAGUGUGCUGAUCGCGGUUUCCAGUGGGUGCAGGUGUUCGAGAAUCGUGGGGAGAUGAUGGGAUGCUCAAACCCCCAUCCUCAUUGUCAGGUAUGGGCAAGUGACUUCAUUCCAACAAAAGCUCUUCGCAGCGACAACGGUCAGCAAGACUACUAUCUGCGUCACAACAGUCCACUUCUCCUUGAUUACGUGAAAAGAGAACUGGCGGCUUCCGAGUCGGAAGAAGGGGGCCGUGUGGUGGCUUCCAACGAGGAUUGGGUCGCUCUAGUCCCAUGGUGGGCGGCGUGGCCGUUUGAAUGCAUGCUUCUGCCGCGACGACGACACGUAGGUCGUCUGGAUGAGCUGAGCGCUGAGGAGCGCUCAACCCUCGCCAACGUGAUGUCGCGCGUCCUUGUGGGCUAUGACAACCUCUUCGAGACGAGUUUUCCUUACUCCUUCGGAUGGUAUCAGACGCCUCUUCAAAGAUCCGAUAAGGCCUCCUACUGGCAACUCCACGGCAUCUACCUGCCUCCUCUGUUGAGAUCGGCCACCGUGAAGAAGCACAUGGUGGGGUACGAACUGCUUGCCGAGGUACAACGAGAUUUGACACCUGAAAAAGCGGCCCAAAUGUUGCGUGAAGCUGCUGCUCGUGAGCACUAUAGCAGACGAAAGCCGUAA